AUGACGCUGGCAGUGAAUGGCGCAUUGAAAAACGAAUCGCAGGAGAUUGAGACCAGUGGAGAUGAAAGUCUUGCGCCGGUUGAGGAGGAUGAGGGCGUUCAGCACAACCCCGACAGCAGCAGCUCCGAGUGCAGGGCCUCAACAGAACCUACAACGAGGACAACCAACGGAAGCAGCGGGCUCGGCAGUUCAACAGGUGGUGGCAAAUCGUCGAAAUGUGUGGCAAGUAGUGGCAAAGAGCACUCCCCUGAGAGGCGCCAAAGGAGACGCACCAAAAUCGGUGCGGUCAAGCAUGCAAGUUGGAUGGAAUGGCAUGGAAACUUGAAAGAGACGACUAUUGGGUGGAACAGUAGAGCAUUGAUUCAAAGCAGCCCUUCCAACGCCUCCUCCUCCUCCUCCUCCUCCUCCUCCUCCUCCUCCUCAUCUUUUCGAUCCUUUCUCAAACCUGGCAAGGAGUUGCUUGGCUGCCGCAGGAUUUGUGCCCUAAAGGCGGACCGACGGAUGAACAGGCAGCAGCUAACUACCGGUGAAAUUAUUCACAACAAUGCAUGGUUCUACCGCAUUCCGGACAAUCGAAUUCGUGCUUCGCACAAAAGUCACCAUGAAAAGGAUGGAAAGGUCAUAAAAGUUAAGUGCUCGGCAUUCAAACUUCUCACGGAUGCGUAUUGCAUUAUGCGACACAAACGCCUGCAACGAUGUUUUCUUACUGACCUACCCAAUCUGGCUUACAGAGGGCAACCCUCCGCAGCCCAACUAACACCACAGUUGAAGAAGCCACUUGAAAAUAAUGGUCUUCACUGUUCACCCAAAACACCAAGGGAGGUGAACGUGGACCAUUUCAUGUCGAGACGUCGCUCCACAUUUGUCACCGCAUCCAAAGAGGAAGCAUCACCCACCAGUAUUUCGUUCACUGCCGCCGCCACUGCCACCACCACCUUCGUCAGCCACAAUUUCGGUGGUUAUCGUCACAGUCACCGCAGUCACAGUCGACGGAAGUGGUUUUCUCCGGAAGAGGUUAUAGAGCGCUUUGGAUCAAGUCUAACCGAGUAUGAACGUGGAGAAAUCGCACACUACAAGAAGAUAUGGUACUUUGGACGAGGCGUUGCGAAAACCACUGGAAGGAAUGAGCCUUACAACAAUGGCUUUGACAACAAGAAAGGGGAGUACAAGACAAUACCCCAUGACCACAUCGCCUAUCGCUACGAGGUGAUUGGCACGAUUGGCAAGGGCGCGUUUGGAGAAGUGGUGGCAGCCUAUGACCAUCGGAAUCAACAAAGGGUGGCUCUCAAGAUCAUCAGAAAUCGGCCAAACCUCCAUGAACAGGCGAAGGUGGAGGCGAAGAUGCUCAGCGUCCUCAUGCGCCGCGAUCCCAAGAGCAAAAAUUUCACCCUCCGCAUGUUUGACGAUUUCACUUUCCGCAAUCAUCCCUGCAUCGUAUGCGAGUUGAUUGGGGAAAAUCUCUUCGAAGUUCUGAAGCGACGUGAUUUUCGUGGGCUCCCUACGAAAGUCAUUCGAGGCAUAACGCGAUGUUGUCUCAAGUGUUUGGCCAUCUUAAAAGAGGAGUCCAUCAUCCACUGUGACAUCAAACCGGAGAAUAUCCUUGUAUUCCCAGACGACAAGGCACACGUCAAAUUGAUCGACUUUGGAUCGAGUUGUCGAGAGUCGGAGCAAAUCUACAAUUACAUCCAAUCACGGUACUACCGGGCGCCGGAGGUAAUACUCGGACUGCGCUACUCUACCCUCAUCGACAUGUGGAGCCUCGGCUGCGUGCUGGCGGAGCUUUAUACAGGCACUUUGCCCUUUUUUGUGCUUUUCUCCCUCCCACCCUCCACAAAUACUAAUUGGCACGCACUCCAGAGUGCUCCACUGUUCCCUGGAGUCGACGAAGCCGAUCAGUUGCGGUGCAUAACUAGAUUGCUGGGAGCGCCGCCAGAGGAAAUGACUGAGAAGUCUCCCACAUUCAAGAAGUUAGUAGGUGAGAAUAGUCGCCCUACAAAGGUGCUUUCCACCCCACCAAAGUCUUUCGAGGAGGAAUUUGAUGCCGCUGACCCAGUGUUCAAGGACUUUAUCCUCAAAUGUCUAACCUGGAGACCGGAAGAUCGCAUGACGGUGGAAGAGGCGUUGAAACACCCCUGGAUCAAGCACGAUAAGUCGCACAAGCAUGGCGAAAAAACUCUCGGAAGCCUCGCCGGCCGAAACCACACAGUGUGUGGCGAUUCAAUAUUAAACUCCUCCGAGCCGCACGGCCUUGACACCAACGAGGAGACAGCAUGUCUGACACGCCGUGACAGUGGAGUGAAAGUUCUGGAUGAAGCCCAGAAAAUUGAUAGAGUACCUCAUGUCACUAAUACACCUUCACAAUUGGAGAUGCGGUGCCCAUCGAAAAUCCCACCUUACGAGGAGGCGAGCAUGGAGUAUGCAGGCAGACGUGCUCUCAAGGGGUGUGCCUUCGGUCGAAAUUUGCCACCUCCACUGUGUGUGGCGACUGCGCUCAGGCCUCCUGUCGAUGGGGUUGUUAUUUGUCCCAAAAGACUAUUUUUCACCUCUCUUGUAAUAUCAUUGUCAUCGGGUCAGGUGACGGCUUCAAUGCAGAUGCCUUUACCGCAGAUCGCUACGAGUGAGGUGGAGGCACGAUGUGUGGUGUUGGCAAAUCAGGCAAGCCGAGCGAAAGCAUUGACUUCGUGA